UCCUGUCUCAAUGCACGGCACGUUUAGUGCAGCUAAACCUAAAGUCCCCAUCACUGGCCCCUGUAAAUGGACCAUAUACUGUCGACUCAUGCAAGAUUUUUAUCAAAUGGUCACCGCGAUGGGAAUUUGCAGUGAAUAUAAUGCCGAAGGCCACCGAGCGAUAUAUGACCAUAUCUCGUCGAUUCUCGGGAAAGAACUCGCACUUACAGACGCACAGUCACCACCUACACUUACCUUCUACGCGACACGGAACAUGCUGCGCCCUUAUUUUAUCCUGGGGCAGAUCCCAGAUUUACUUGACUGCCUAGCCAUGGUCGACACUUUCCGCAAAUAUGCGGUCGAUGCGUCUUCUGUUGCGUUAUCGUGGCAGGAGUACUAUGUGAAGGAACCUAGUUCUGAUUCAGACAAGACACUACUCACGGAAAGAGAGCUAAAGAAACUCCAAGAUUAUGUUACGAACGAUGAACAUGACAGGCUGUAUUAUAUCUUGACCACUAAGAAUCUGUGUCUAUUGCAUGUUCACUAUCUUGUGACGGCACCAGAGUCGUGCAUGCUCGCAGAACGCCUAAACGACUAUUUUCCAGGAUGCUUUCCAGGCCAUGAUAUACCGUCUAAGCUAUUGUUUCAACACGGACUUUCUGACAGUGAGAAACAGAUUAUGGAAGAGGCAUAUCAAGCAUGCAAGGAGUUCAUACUGGACGUCACCCAAUGGGAAGAGGAACGUGAAGAAGAACAGAAACAGUUUCUUGUGACCUUGACUGCAGAACAGGCCGACGCCGCAUUUGAGCAGGCUUUUCGAGAGAAAUUUCCUCCGCCAUGUUCUCAGGAAGAACUAAUUUCAGAUUUGGAUUACUACUUGAACACCGUGGAGAAAAUGAUUCGCAGGAUGGAGGAUUAUUUUCCUUCAGACAUGGUCCUGGAGAGAUUAAAGCGGGCGGUCUGAACAGCAUCAUACUCUGCUGGUGGAAGGUCGUAGUGGGAUGGUCUGGCGCAGGUCCUCUGGAAUGCCAAGGGUCCUGGCGCAGUGGCAGGAGUUCAAAAUUCAGGCUCGUAGUCGGUAGUCCUGCGCCGUGUUCAAUGUAGUGGUCGAUCCUUG